CGGCUGCGCGCAACGAACAGUUAGACAUUUUCCCAAAAUCAAACGAAAGACGCAACUGAGCAAGGACCGUGGGAAUCCGGCGUACACCUCUUGAUUGCUUUCUCUCUCUGCCUUGCUCCACAUUCUACAUUCUAUAUUUAGUAGCCAGAUAACAAUGUUGCCCAUGGGUGGAUUAUAUUUGAAGCACGUCGUGGUGGCAGCGCUGUGCUCCGCGCUGGUCACUGGGACGCUGGGGUCCCCGGUGGUGGGGCAAGAGCCGUUCCGAUGCGCCCCGUGUACUCCGGAGAAGCUGAGCCAGUGUCCAGCGGUGGCGCCCGGAUGCGCCGAGGUGCUGCGGGAGCCCGGCUGUGGAUGCUGCCUCGCCUGCGCCCUGAAGACUGGGGAGCAGUGCGGGAUCUACACGGCGCCGUGCGGCUCCGGACUGAGGUGCACCCCGAGACCCGGCGACCCCAGGCCGCUGCACUCCCUCACCCGCGGACAGGCCGUGUGCACGGAGAGCGCUGAGCCCCGACCCACCCCCGAGCAAGAGGCACAAGAUCAGGGAGAGCCGGAGGCGGAGAUGGAGAACACAGCCAUCAUCUCGGACCCCGGCUCCAGCCACUACCUCCCCGGUCACAGUAAGCCUUACGACCCGAGGGCUGCAGCCGACGCUCAGGAGAGCAUGAAAGCCAAACUCAUCGCCAUCCGCAAGAAGCUGGUCGAGCAGGUGCAGGGGCCCUGUCACCUGGAGCUGCAGAGGGCCUUGGACAAGAUUGCCAAAUCCCACCAGAAGUUGGGAGACAAGUUAACCAGAUUCUACCUCCCCAACUGUGAAAAGCACGGCCUGUACAAACCCAAGCAGUGCGAGUCGUCUCUGGACGGACAGAGGGGUCGAUGCUGGUGUGUGAACUCCUGGAACGGCAAGAAGAUUUUAGGUUCGACCGACCUGCCUGCAGACGCCGAGUGCCCUUAAAGAGAGUCGCCUCCGCUGAGUCUCACACAAAAGAAGAAGAAGAAGAAGAAGACGAAGAAGCCACUGUUUUUUUUUUUGUUUUUUGUUUUUUUUUCCUUUUUGAUUGCUGUUUAUUUAUUGAUCUCGUCCAUGGUGGUGUUGAAUUCAGGUACACUGUCAAUGUGGGACUGUUGGUCCCAGCCACCCUCCUCCCUCCUCCCUCCUUCCUUCUUCCUCCUCCCUCCUCCCUCCUUCUCCCUUCGUCCUCCUCAAACUACCCGUCCCAAAGAGAAAAAAAAAAGAAAUAUCUAUUUUUGUUUUUUCUGAAAAGCAGAUUUUUAAUAUUGAUGCAUUUACUUCAACUCUUCAGCCUUAUUUAUUUCAGUUUGUUUGCAUUUUAUUUGUAAUUAUUUCAUGAGUAUUUAUAUCAUGUUUUUUUGCCUUAUUGUUAUUAUUAUAUUAUUAUUAUUUUUAUGCCUGUAUAAAGUGUAUAUAUGUAUCUUGGCUCUGAGUAACUCCACUGCUGAGUUGAGCUCGCUCUACCCUUAAGGAGUUGUCUGGAGGUUUGGUUUGAGACAAACCAAGCAAGAACAAAAGCACUGAGUGACCAAAUGUCAUUUAGAAGUAUUUCUAAAUGUUGUUUUUAAUGAUUCAAUUUGCUGCCAUUGUUAUGUCCUCUCUUUUUUUUUUGUCUUUUUUUUCGUUUUUAUUUUUGUUGUCGUCUUUAUAUUUUCUGGUGUGACACGUCGGCUCUCAUCAGUCAACGCAAAACUCUCAGUUGGGGAAUCCUCAAUCAGUCUCAGAAAACACUUCCCAUGGUUCCAUGGGGCUGCAGAUAGCAUGACAGGCGGCAACGCCCUGCGCCGCCUCUCAGACGGGUAUCUCUACAUUUACCUACCUCCGAUAUUUACGUGUCACUUGUGUCGAUGUAUCUGUCAAAAAAAAAAAAAAAAGAAAAAGAAAGAAAAAGACUCGCUACUUUACUUUGUAUGUCGCUGUUCUCUCUGACCAAGAACACAUGACCACAAAGAGCAGGGGCGGCGCCGCGAGGUGUGGCCGCUCCACGCUUUAUCCACAUGCUGCUGUUGGAGGGAGAAUUAUUGUUCACGUUGAGUCUAUUCCAAAGUGACUAACUGCUCACUCGUGUGUAUGUACACUUUUGUAAUUGAGAUGUAAUGUAAGAAGAAAAAAGGUGAUAUAUUUAAUAAAAACAUUAACCUCA